AUGGCCGGCAUCGCGCCGCGCGUAGACUACCUGGCAGGCUUCAGCUGCCCAGUCGGGGGCCUGGCGGCGGGCAAGGCGCGCGUGCUAUGCCUCGGGGCGGAGAUCUUCCUGUCUACCGGGAGGAAGCGGGUCUACGUGUACAACCUGGAGGGGAGGCAGCUGACCGCGGCGUACAGGUUUCCUGGGCAGGUGUGUCACCUGGAGGUCCUGGUCCCGCGCCGGGAGCUCUUGGUCCUGUGCGCCCAGAGGGGCGUCUAUUGCUUGUCCUUGGACCAGGAGAACAGGUCCAGGAGCCGGAGUGACGGCGAUGACGGGGACGGUGAACCCCCUUGCCCUGUGGUGGCCGUGGGCCCAGACGCCUGUGUCCUUCCCGACCCCACCCUGUGCGCCUUCACGGUGCUGGACAACGCGCUCAUCACGCUGGCUCAGGGCGCCCCCCACUGGAAGGUGCAGCUGUUCGAGUGUCCCUGUCCUGGGCAGGAUCCCCGGCCCCCAGGCCAGAUUGGCGAGGUGGAGCUGUCCACCUACCCCACCUCCGCUGGGAGCCCGGGGACACCCGAAGCCCCCCGCGUCCCCCCCGUGCUGUGCUGCGUGCGGCCACCCGGCUCCGGGGUCCCCCACAGCGUCCGGCGGGGUCCCGGGGGCUUCACACUGGAGGGGGCCCUGUUCGGGGUCCUCUUUGGAGCCGACGCCACCCUUCUAGGAUCCCCCGUGGUCCUCUGCGGCCUCCCCAGCGGCCAGCUCUGCUGGGUGGCCCUAAGGACGCUGGUCACCUCCAGGUCGGCCCCCGGGGACCCAAAGGCCCUCGUCAGGAUCCUCCAUCACCUGGAGGAGCCUGUCAUCUUCAUCGGGGCCUUGAGGACAGAGCCACCGUCUGAGGACGUGGAGGACGCGUGCUGUGACUGCCUGGUGGCGCUCGGUCACCGUGGCCGGGCGCUGGCCGUCAAGGCCCGCUGGGACGAGGCAGGGGUUCUGGUGCCGGAGCUGCGGGAGCACCGCCUGCUGGGGCCCGUGCUCUGUGCCGCCUGCGGUGGGGGCGGCCGCCUGUACCACAGCACCCCCUCCAGCCUCUGCGAGGUGGUCCUGGCUCGGGGCAGCGCCCCCGGGCUCAGCGAGGGGGCGGACGUGCGGCCGGAGAGCCCCGGAGGCCUGCCCGCUGCACUCUGUCCGGCCGGCCUGAGCGUCUGCGGUGUCGUGGCCCUCGCAGUGUCGCCCUGGUCGCCUGGAGGAGGCCCGGAGCUCCUGGCCCUGUCUGCCCGAGGCCGCCUGCUGGCCUGCCGCUUGGCGCAGAGUUCCGAGACGCUGUGGGCCGCCGGGGGGACCGUGGCAGACCCUCACCGGAAAGUUAAGGAUUUGCUCCUCAGCAUCAGCAGCGUCUCUGAGAGGGCGUCUUCCCUGAAGAAGGCCAUCGACCAGCGGAACAAGGCCCUGACGUGUCUCAACGAAGCCAUGAACGUGAGCUGUGCCCUGCUGUCCAGCCGGGAGGGUCCCCGGCCCAUCUCGUGCACGACCGCCACCGCCUGGAGCCGCCGGGAGCUGCAGGACGUGCUGACUGCCACCUGCCUGCUGGAGAACAGCAGCGGCUCCCCCCUGGGCCGGGGCUGGGUGCUGUGCAUCCAAGUGCUCCCCGGCUCCCUGGCCUCAGACCCGGACGCGGCUGGCUCGGCCGCGACCUACACCGUCCCCGUGGGCCAGCUCGGCCCUGGCGGUCGGCGGGAGGUGACCCUGACGCUGGGCCCCAGCGAGGACGGCGUGCUCGACCUGCCCAUGACCGUGUCCUGCGCGCUCUUCUGUAGCCUCGCGGAGGCCUUGGGCGGGGCCCUGGACCCCUGGGGCUCUUUCAGGGACGCCCCCGCAGGGGGACGCCCGCCCAGCACGCCAGCUGAGCCCGGGGGCAUCUGCCUGCCGCUGGGCGAGCACACGGUGGACAUGCUGCAGUGCCUGCGCUUCCCAGGCCUGGCCGCGCCCCCCGCGCAGGCACCCGGGCCGCGGGGCCCCGCCAGCGGCCCUGUGGACACCUUCCUGGAGGCGGGCGGCGGGCCCGGCAGCCAGCGGGCAGGGCCCGAGCCCCUGCGGGCCGUGCUCCUGCCCCCGCCCGUGGCCGCCGUCAAGGUGUCGGUGGAGCUGCUCCGCGCUGCCUGCGGGGGCAGUCGCUCAGGCGCGUCCCUGUGCUGCGCCACCCUGCAGUGGCUCCUCGCGGAGAAUGCCGCCGAGGGCGUCGUGAGGGCCCAAGCACUGUCCUCUGUCCAGGGAGUGGCCCCGGACGGCGCUGAUGUUCGCCUCACCGUCCACGAGGUGACCGUGACCGACGUGUGCCCGGCGGGGCCCCUCCGGGCCGUGGAGAUCCAAGUGGAGAGCACCUCUCUGGCCAGCAUGUGCAUGGCCCACAGCGCUGUCCUCGGGCGGCUGCAGAGGGUGGUGGUGGAGCAGGCCGCCCGGGGCCACAGCCUGCCUGACCUCCGCCUGCAGUACCUCCACCAGAUCCGGGCCAACCACGAGGCGCUGCUGCGGGAGGUGCAGACCCUGCGUGACCGGCUGUGCACAGAGGACACCGCCAGCUCCUGCACCGCCACCGAGCAGCUCCUGCAGCUGUACCGGCAGCUGCGCAGCCCCAGCCUCCUGUUGCUGUGA